CUCGUGGACCUUGUUAAAUAGUUGCUCCAUUUGUUGGCCAACACUUCCCGACUCUCUGUGUCAGUCUCCGCUGCAGAAUAGUACUACUCCGGCCAUGGCAGACGGAAGAGAGUCCAUCUUCACAUCUCUUGACAAUGCCAAGACACAACUUUACCAUUACAAGGCAAUUGUGAUUGCUGGCAUGGGCUUUUUCACUGAUGCUUAUGACCUGUUUUGCAUCACCGCCGUCACCAAACUUAUAGGCCGCCUUUACUUCUACGAUCCCUCUACUAAAAAACCUGGUGCUCUACCUCCAAAUAUCAACAAUGCCAUAACGGGGGUUGCUCUAUUUGGCACCCUAGCCGGGCAACUCUUCUUUGGCUGGCUCGGAGACAAACUCGGCAGGAAAAAAGUUUAUGGGAUCACCUUGGUCACUAUGGUGGGGUGUGCUCUUGCCUCGGGACUUUCCUUUGGCUCCACUCCAAAAAGUGUAGUCACAACUCUUUGCUUCUUCCGAUUUUGGCUCGGAUUUGGGAUUGGAGGUGACUAUCCCCUCUCGGCGGUCAUCAUGUCCGAGUACGCCAACACGAAAACCCGAGGUGGCUUUGUAGCUGCUGUCUUUGCAAUGCAAGGAAUUGGCAUAUUGGUGGCUGGAGUUGUAGCCCUAGUUGUAUCUAGGGCCUUCAUGAUAGCUUUCCCAGCUGACAACUUCAAAACCAACAAUGUGCUAUCCACUCAGCCAGAAGGCGACUUUGUUUGGCGAAUCGUGCUCAUGUUCGGAGCAAUCCCUGCAGCUCUGACCUUUUACUGGCGGCUGAAGAUGCCCGAAACAGCGAGGUACACUGCCUUGGUUAAAGGAGACCAUGACAAGGCUGCAGCUGACAUGGCUAAAGUCCUCGAGAAAAAGAUAGACAACAUCCCCAUUAGUACCGGUGGAGAAUCCGAAACCCCGAAAAAGGUCCUUGAUCCUAAUUCCUCAUACGGGCUCUUCUCUAGGGAAUUUGUUAGAACACAUGGUUUACAUCUUCUUGGUACCACAAGCACAUGGUUCUUACUAGACAUUGCUUUCUACAGUCUCCAACUAACCCAAAAGGACAUCUACCCAUCUAGUGGUCUCUUACCAAAACCCACAGAAAUGAACGCUAUAGAAGAAGUUUACUUGCUCUCCAAGUCAAUGCUCCUAAUCGCACUCGCUGCCACCGUCCCCGGCUACUGGUUCACAGUCUUCCUCAUCGACCGGAUCGGCCGGUUCCCCAUCCAACUCGGCGGCUUCCUCCUCAUGUCAAUCUUCAUGGCCAUUCUCGGAUUCCAAUACGAGCAUCUCAGGGGAAGUACGUGUUCCGCGGACUCAAAAUCCGAAUUCGAGUUCUGCGAAGGCCACCCUAAACAGUUCGCCGUGCUCUACGGCCUGACGUUGUUCUUCGCCAACUUCGGGCCCAACAGCACGACCUUCAUUGUCCCCGCGGAGCUUUUCCCGGCGCGGUUCCGGUCGACGUGUCACGGAAUCUCCGCCGCGGCGGGAAAAGCCGGGGCUAUAAUCGGGGCGUUUGUGGUGCAGAGUUAUACACCGGAUGUUAAGGGUGUGAAGAAAGCUAUAAAGGCGCUUGCUUUGGUCAACUUGCUUGGCGUUUUCUUCACGUUGUUGGUGCCGGAGACGAUGGGCCGGUCUCUGGAGGAGAUUUCCGGGGAGAAUAAUGAGCUCGGAAGGAAUGGGUUCACCGCCGUUGUUGCAGAUGACAAGGAAGUAAAAACAGAGAAAGCAGAGAAUACUAAUGGUGUUGAGAAAGAGAAAGCUCCAGAAGCUGAAAUGGAAAUGGUUUGAAUCUUUGGUUUGAAUAGAAAUAAGAAAUCUAGGUAAUACUUGUAAUAAGAGAUCAUCGAUCUGAAGUGCGCGCAGUGCACGUAUGAAAUGGAAAGUAGGAGUAUAUAUAGAUCGAAGUAAGCAUGGCUUGAUAUUACAGCAGAAAAUAAAAGUGAUGCUGCUUUGGUAGUUUGGUUCUAGCUUACUUUUGUGAUGGUGUUGAGCUUGGUUACAAAUAUGAAGGACUGGAAUUUGGAGCGAACAAACUUUUGUAGUUGAACUAUCAAAACAUUAGUUCACUUGCAAGUUUUUUGUGUUA